CGAUUGCACUAUUUACAACAAAAUCUGUACUUCUUGUAACAUGUAAUGUGGUGAUUGUUGCAGUGGCUAAUCAAGAAUUACUGUAUAUGGAACCAAAAUUUCCUCAUUUUUAGGCUCUGCAUACAAGGAACAAAUCAUUAGAGUUAAAACAUUAACAUAUCUGUUUAGGCUCUAUUUUGUAGGACACUUUUUUUUUUUCAUGGAGACGCAUAAUGAGAAUCUGGUCAUUUGUAUAAUACACAUUUCUAGUCACUAAUUUUGCUAUCCAUUAUAACUCAGCACUGAAGCAAGCAAAAAAUAGACAACUUUGUUGGCAUUUAAAGGUUGGUAUUCAGUAAGUCCUUAAAUGUUGUGCAACAUCUCUUGUGUCAUUUUGUUGCACACAAAGACAACUAUUAUACAAUGAUUACUUGGAUAAUUUUUAUGUCGAUGGAAACCAACCUUUAAACUACAGCUUAGCUUUACAUAAUAUUGAACAUUUGAAGUAGUAGUAUGAUAUCUUUCUAUCAAGAUUUCAGGUGCCAAACAAAUUACCAUUUUUAUUGUAGAAUAGAAAUAACAUUUAAAUAAUCAAAGACACUGAGCAAUUGUAUAGUGAUUGAGAUGUCAAAUCUUCGGCAGGAGUGUAAUGGCCAGACCUCCAUUAAUUUCAUUGUUUUAACAAUGAUCAGAGGUACAGCUCCAUUGAUGAUGUUUCUCGCUGUAUCAAAUUUGAACUCACCUGGCUUGGUUGUUGCGUUAAAAUGUGGUAUUACUUGUGUAUUGUUUCUCUUGAGUGGUUCAUACAUUUGCUCAUCAGAUGCACAGAUACGUAUGAAAGUCAUAAAGAAUUUGAAAACUGCAUCAACAUAUUGGCGUUUGGUUGUUAUUGGAUUUCUGCAAAGUGCAGCACCUUACAUACUUUCCGUCUACAGUUUGCAGUUUCUCCCUCCAACAAUGAUUGGUGUCUUUAUGGUGACAACACCUUGGUGGACCAUGCUCAUAGAAAGAUUACCUUUCAUCAGGAUGAGAAAACGCAUUCCUGGUAUGAUAAAAGUCGGGAUGUUUCUUGGUUUGGUUGGCACAUCACUAAUGCUUGGCCCUAUAAUUCGAGAAUCAGUGCAUUGUAAAAAGUUUGAAUUGAUUAUAACAAAGUCUUCUAAAAGAAAUAUCACAACUGAAAAUAGAGAAAAUAAAGAGUUGUUCGAUACUUGUUUAUCUGGCGUGAAUCUUGUAACUGGAAUAGUUGCAAUGGGACUUGCUCCAAUACUUUGGGCAAUUGCAUCAGUGUUUUGGAAGAGGAAAGGACAGGAUAUACACUACCUGGUGUCAAGCGUUGGUCAAAACAUUGUUGGUGGAUGUAUUGCAUUAAUUAUUUGGGCAAUUGCAGAACAUCUGAAUGCUCUGGGGAAGCGCGAAUGGCCUGCAGAAGCCCUUGUUGGUGUUAUAUUUCUAGGUGUGGCCACGGGUUGGUUGGCAACACUACUUGUGAAAUUUUUAUACGCAACUGUAGGGGCAAGGACAACCAAUCUAGUUCUUACUGGUAUUCCUUUCAUUGCUUUCGUGGAAGAUAGCAUUUUUGUUAAAGAUGUCAUCAAAGUGCAGCCUUACGUUGUUGCCAUGGAAAUAAUAGGACUGCUUCUUGUCAGUGGUGGAGUGUUUAUUUCAAAUCUACCUAGCUUGGAUCCCCCAGAUGGAGAGCAAAGGAGACGAAGAAGUUCUCUGUCUGACCCUCUCAUCACCGAAAAUACUCCUUCGAAACGUGUGACAGCUGGUUUGGAUCAAGCUUUUCACAAUGAAGUCCAUCAAUACACGUCGCUACCACAAGAAGAAGAAGAAGAUGACAAGCAUCGCGAGGGUGAAGAAGAAAUAAACUCUCAUCUAGGCGAUCGCACUGCAUAUCCGAAACUAUCACAAGUUACCUAGUCUAGAAGUUGCUUUAUGUGUCUUUGAUGUCGUAACUGACGAUGUUUUCGCAUGCUAUUUUGUCAACGUCAUUGUUUUGAACUGGUAUGUCUUUCAAUGGACUUUUUUCUGUAUUGCUCUGGUUAAUUUAUUUGGAGCACCUCAAUAUUCGAAAUAAAUGUAAAUGUUCGAAAAUCAUUUCGAAAGAGUGCGACAAUUCGAAUAUUGGCAAAACAUGUUUUUAUUGCGCGAACAGUACGUGUAAGGAAGUAGAGUAGGAAAUCUCGAGAUCCUGAAAAGGUCAGGUUAUAUAAAAAAUUGGAUCAAAAAUUUAAGGACAAGUCUGAAUUUAGGUAUUAUUUUGUCAAAUGUGGUAAAAAAGUGUCUUAAAAUUGUUGUUAUUGUAACAUGUAAUUUAAAGCAAGGAAUAGUUUUUUAUUCUCAUCGUCGAAAAGUCGGAAAAAAUGAAAAUAAAAAUGGGCAUGUUUAGUUAACAAACAUAAAUAUUUAGGCAUCUAAACCUUUUGAAGGUUUUAUUCAUGUACUACAAUUUAUUUUCACAUUCUUACGGCUGGUUUUACACUUACCUGGUCCGGCUAAAUUAUUACUCAUUACGGAAAAUCUCAGAUUUUUUUGUUUCGGUUUUGUUUUUUGACGCGUUUAUUUUUUACAAGUUGUACAUUUUUCUAAUAUAUGUCUAAUAUAUGUCAUAAUUUAUGACAGUGUAUAUAUUUUAUAACAAAUACACUUUUGUUUAAAAUUGAAAUAAACUAAUUUUAA